AAAGGAAGAAGAAAAAGAGACUUCGGUGGUACCGUUCCUUGCUGUGCAUCCCAAAAAACCCCAACUUGCUGCAAUUCAUCAUGCAAUAAUAGACUGCUCUGUAAUUCGUGUCCCCAGCGAACUGGCAACUAAUGAUGAGCACCACCAAGGAGGCAAUGGCCGCUGCGGAUGGUGGGAGCAGAAGAAGGGGCACUACUGGCCCCAAAGCAGGUUCUGUUUGGGAGAGCAGAAUGAAGCUCGACCAAGUUAAAGGUGGGAUCAAAAUCAAAGCCUUCGACGCCAUUCAUGAUGGAAUUAUUGCUCACUCCACUCCGCGAAAAUCUUCCGCCACAGCUUCUCCUGAGCCGCAGAUCGACAAAGGAGUGAUCGAUUCGGAUAGUGACAAUGCGCGUCCCAAACAAGGUGCUAUCGGUUUGAGCGGCAAGAGGAAGACAUGGAAAUCGGAGAAUCCUGAGGGAAGCCCUAGCCCUAUCAUUCAAAUUGCGCGCCAGAGAUCUGAAUCUGGCCAGCAGGUGAAGGAAGUCGCCGUCUGCGGAGAUGAUGAGAUGAACGAUUCGGAGACGAUGAAAUCUGAGCCGUCCGAUGGGAAUUCACUUGAUCAAUUGGUUACAGAGUUGGAGAAGAAGCUUCCAGAUGAGCUUAACGAGGUGAGAUCUGAACACCGACAUUUUGUAGAGAAGGAAGCCAUCUCGAGCAAUGUGAACCGUCGGAUCAAGCCUCCAUCCGACGGUGGAGGAGUGGGCGGCAGCGCUCUGGUUGUUAAGGAAGUCACUUCGCAAGAGCCACAGAAACCGAAGAAGAAAGCUGUGGCUGAAGAGAAGAAACUCAUCCACAGCAAUGCAAAGCCUGUCAAAAUUCCUGCAAGUCAUGUCAAAUUGCGUCGCCCAAUUCCAUCAAAAUCCAGUCCAGACGAGGAGAGAAGUUCCCCUGAAAUUCCCAGAACCAGCGGCAAACUUCAAAGCUUUGUUGACUUGGUAAUGUGGAGAGAUGCAUCAAAAUCAGCAUUUGUUUUUGGGAUUGGGACAUUUGCAAUUAUUUCUUCAUCAUUCACAAAUGAUCUCAACAUCAGUUUUAUUUCUGUAGUUUCUUACUUGGGCCUUGUCUACCUUGCUGCAAAUUUUAUCUUCAGAUCCCUUAUUUCCAGGGGAUCGAUAGAGGUAGCUAAUGGCUCGAAUGAAGAGUAUGUUAUUGGGGAAGAAGAAGCCAUUAGGGUGACAAAAAUGUUUCUACCAUAUUUGAAUGAGUUUCUUGUGAAUUUGAAGGACCUUUUUUCAGGGGAUCCCGCGACAACGAUGAAGUUGGCUGUGAUGCUGUUUGCUUUGGCACAAUGUGGAGGCUCCAUUACCAUCUGGAAAGUGGUGAAAUUAGGUUUUUUUGGAGUAUUUAUUGUGCCCAAACUCUGCUGUACCUACUCUUCUCGCAUGACUGCUCAAGGUUCAUUCUGGGUACGCCGAUUUUCCGAUGCUUGGAAGUCAUGCUCUCACAAGAAAAUAGUAGGCUUUGUUGUUUUCACUGCGGUUUGGAAUUUGGCCUCGCUCAUUGCCCGGAUAUGGAUGGCUUUCAUGUUAGUUGUGGUGAUAAAGUACUACCAGCAGUCAUCACCGUGCACAACCGAAGAAGCCCGGAGUCCAGCCGAUACAGGAAAGCAAAACAAAGUGAGUUGAAACUACAUCGAUAUAUAGACACGCACACACACACACACAUAUAUAUAUAUAUAGAUAUAUAUGUGCCUUUAAGAAUAAGUGAAUUCAUACAGAGUCUAUCUGUGAUACUGAUGUCUUUCCUUAGUUUAGUUCAGGAAUAAAUGUUCUAAUAGUUUUGUAAGUAGGAAUCAGUGUAUUCUUUCAUUUUUAUUUAUUUUUUAAAGUAAUAAUGAUAAGCAGCAAUGUUGGUAUAAUAUACUUUGCAUGUGGUAUUUCAAU